CAACUUUUCUCUCUUGAUGCUAAAGUAGUCAAGUAAAGUGAUCUCAUUGUACCAUACACUCAUCGUUUCGCUCAUAGCAUUUUUGGGUUGCUAUGAAUCUGCAAAUUUGCCUAAUCGAAAAUUUCCCGAAAGUUGCCGGAAGACGAGGGACAUGGUUUGCCCUCUUUUUCAGUCUUAUUGGGUACAUUAAAUGCCUUAAUCGUGGUUCAGUGCUAGCCUAACGAGUUAAUGUUUGUCCUCUGGAAAACAAGGGACCAUCGCGCGUUGCUCACCAGAAAUGGCCGUCGGGUGAAUUCAUUCUACACUGUUCGCUGUCUCUUUGAGAGAAAUGCUUUUGGUGAACUCAUUCCACAUUGUUCGCUGUCUCUUUGAGAGAAAUGCUUUUAUUUUGAGACCCUAAACUUAUUAAUGUAUCGACGAUUCAAGAUUGCCGGGAGUUAAUUUACAUUUGCAGUCAUUCUGAGUCAUUUCAAAGGCUGGAGAGAAAAAAGAAAAGAGACUAAGGGAAAACAUCUGCCAGAUCUAAGUUCCGCUGAGAAAAGGACUUACCAAAGAGACAAAGCAGCUGGAUAAAGGGUAGGCAUAUUUGUUUACAUGCGCUAGCACGGACUGCAUCUGACUGCAUUGUUGGACAUACAACUAUCCUCUCUGAUGCUAAGGUAAAGGGAUCAUUGUACCCGACAUACAAUCAACGCCUCGCUCAUAGCACUUUUGUAUUACUUUAAAUCAGUGCAACUUUGCGUGAUGGAAUUUUCCGAAAGUUGACGGGCGACAAGGGUCAAUUGUUUGCCCCCUUUUUCAGUCUUAUUGGGUACAUUGAAUGCAAGGGACUAUUUCGCGCUGCUCACCGGAAACGGUAGUUAAAUCAUGCAAUGUAUUUUAGGAUCCGGACGCACUGGACUAACAAAAUUUGUUUGGCCCUUCCAAAAAUCUCGACAAAAUUUGUCUCUGCCAAAUUUUUAAUUUGUCAAGCGUGGGCGCACUGAAUCACAGCAAAAUAUUUGUUAACCACAAGUGUCAAUCACAUGGAAAUUAACACCAUCGCUUACGCGCUGUUCGCGGGAAAGGCUUCAUGUGAUCUCACUAGAGUUCAUGGGUCUAGAGUUCAUGAUCUUUUACCUCUUCGAUCGAAUAUGUUGCCUCGGCAUAUUAUUGCUUGUAUUCUAGUUUUCUUCAUCCUUGAAUUCGUUCAACUUCAGCAGAGGCAGCUGCUACUUCUACUAUGCCAGUGGAGGCUUCACCUUGUUCGACUGCAACUGAUUCUAGAGUACCACAACAGACUUGUCCGUAGAAGGCGGCGAAGGCCCCAUCCUUAUUAUUGGAACCUACCUAGGCCUUGCAAUUCUUGGUUUGAAAUUCAUUUUCAUAGGCGUAAUAUCCCCGAAGAAUUCUUUUAUCGCCAGAUGAGAAUGUCGCGCGACACGUUUGACACUCUGUUGGUUACACUUCGUCAUAAGCUACAAAGGGAAGACACGCGGUUGAGGAACUGCAUCCCACCAGAAAAAGUCUUGGCCAUCGGACUAUAUCGCUUAGCACAUGGUGGGUCAUUCGAAAACGCAGGCAUUGCAAUGAAUGUUGGUAAAGCAACUGCUCGUGAAGCAUUUACUGAUGUCGUCAAUGCACUAUACGAUUUUAGAAACGACUUCAUCAAAUUUCCAGCUAACAAAGUAGAGACAAGAGCCUCCAUCGAAACGUUCGCAGAAUUAUCGGAUCUACCAAACGUAGCAGGCGCCAUCGAUGGGACACAUAUAAAAAUAAAGGCUCCAAAAGAAAGCGCUGUCGACUACUUUAGCCGAUAUCAACAGCACGAUGUGGCGGUGCAAGGCAUCGUCGACGGAAGAAAAAUAUUUAUGGAUAUCGCCGCUGGCUUUCCUGGUAGCUUGCAUGAUGCGCGAGUUCUUCGGAACUCGUCUUUUUACGACAGAGCAGAACAUGGGGACGUUCUCGCAGCGCCAAUUCAUGUAAUUGGCGGUCACGAAAUACAGCCCUAUUUGGUGGGGGAUAGUGCGUACCCGCUUUCGCGCUGGCUUCAAAAACCCUACCCUGAAGGAACGAGAGAUCCAAGUGAGAUUCAAUUUAACAAGCAGUUGUCUGCCGCUAGAGUUAAGGUGGAGUGAGCAUUUGGAAUAGUAAAAGGCCGAUGGCGUAUACUGUCUUUUAUUGAAGAAGCAAGUGUAGCACGAGUUUCCAAGAUUAUUGUCUCAUGCGCUGUGCUUCACAAUUUUUGCAUUCUACACAGAGAUGAAUGGGACUUUGAUGAUGGAGAUGAUAGA